AUGGCAAAUUCAACCCCCUUUGAAGAAGAUCCCCUACUUGGAGAUGAGGGUUCAGCGCACUCCGGAGACACCACACCGGGCCCACGCUCAAUAUCGCAGCAUCAAAGCACUAUACCUGUCCAAUAUAUCAACCGGGUCCUACCUAUUGCAUUUACAGCCGCAUUCGCAAUCGCUGCCACAGCUGCAAGCACGGUUUUCGCAUAUGCUAGUCUGAUGUGCGAAGAUCCAGCACACUGCCAACCAGCGGAGCAAAAAGACUAUGCCGAAGUCGUUGCUUUGGCCACAACCAUCGCGAAUGUGUGCGCAAUCGUCGCGGUAGGGCCCUUGCAGCAACUGAUCGAAGGCCAGCCGAAAAUUGGGUUGUUCCUUUGGCUGGUUUUCAGAGCUUUGAGCAUUUUGGUCUUAGCUACAGGAGUUUUGAUGAGGAGCAUCCGCGUUGCUAUUGCCGGGAGACUAUUCGAGGGUCUUGCCACUGAUAAUUUACUCCAUUAUACGCUUGCGGCAAUCUAUGUGCAAUCAGAUGACGAGCGCCGAAUCUCUAAGUUAAUGAGGACUUCUCUAGCUCUUUACAUGCUUGGAAUGUCCGUCAGUCCCGUGCUCAUGUCUCUCCUUUCGAACUUCUUUGCGAGUUUUAUCGUCGCUGUCGCUAUUCUCGGCAUCUCGCUGGUGUACUUAUCUAUUUGGAUUCCGGCGGAGAUGAAUAUGAAGAAUCCGGAAGAUGACACUGCCGGCCUGCCACCAGUUACUAGGGCCCUUCCAUCCCGUUCGUCCAUACCUGGCUUCGCUAUCCAAGCUAUCCAAUCUUCUAUAUCCCCAAUCUAUCAUUAUCGUGAUGAACCCAAGUUACUAUUACCCGGGCUAGCCUUGUCCCUCUACAACACGGCACAGGCAUAUCUCUUCCCAGCAAUAAUGGUUCACACGGCAGUUCAUUUCGGCUUUACCAGUACGCAGAACGGGUACUUAAUCUCCAUUGCCGCGUCAGUUGCUUCGGCGUAUCUAUUUGCCACGAUAUACGCCAUUCCGAGAGCCAAAGCUGCAAUAUGGCCCACGGUACCCGAAAGCGGGGACCGUUGUCAGAAUAACUCUAUUGACAACCCAAAGAAGCGCGGGAAUAGCGGGACUUCUCACACCAUAGGUGAUCUCAUCUAUGCAUUUAUUGCUAUCUCGACAGCGCUACUUAUAAGCACGGUCGCAAAUCGCAACCGAAUAGUUAAGCUUCGCAGCGCAUGCAAUCAGUGUUGUGCUGCCAAGGUCAAAUGCUCUGGCGAAAAGUCUGGUUGUGAACGAUGUCGCAAUACAGGCACACAGUGUAUUUAUCUGGAGUCUAGAGUAGGAAAGGUCCCAGGUAUCAGAGCCAAAAAGAAGCCGAUCCAAGAUCAUCAAGCCCAGCGAUUACAGAAUAUGGUGACCCCCUCCAUGGAACGCUCUUUAUCCCCUUCAGACAAGUCGGCGGGGCUCAAUUUCCAAGACCAAACACAAAACGAGAACAUGGAAUGGUCAAUACCCACCGAAUGGGAUAUACAGCCUUCGGAUACCAUCACCAUGGCUUCCCCAGAUGACUCUUCUAACAUGCAAGCCGCUCAGCACAGCAAUACCGGGACCUCUUCUAAUUCCGAAUCCAUAACGACUUAUACUAAUGAUACGGAAAUUAGCAUGUCCUCUAUAGACGCAAAUUUAGAAGAUUUCCUGGCGCCUUAUCCUACCAUGGCUCCUCCGAUCGAGCAUGCUAGUGAGAUAGAAACUACCCCACAACUGCAGGUCUCACUCGGGCUACGGCCAAGGAGUGAAGUGGACAGUCAAUGCUGCUUAGAAUGUUGCCAUAUAAUCAGCGAGCUCGAAAAUUACAUCAUGGAGGACUUGAAAGUGUUCAAAAUCAUCAUAGGAAUCGUCAGAACCGCAACUUUGAAGCUCACCCAGCUGAUGCGUCUUCAACAAGGCUCGAGGAACCUCAGGUGCCUAAUGCUGUUCACCACACUCAUGUAUCAGAUCCUAGAACUUCUAGAGGUCUGUCUAUGUGCCGUCGCGGCGGACAAGGAUAAGCAACGCAGCCGAAUCCUACCCGGAGGUAGCGGCUUUGGAUUCGAAGGUUUCUCAAUCGACGCCGAAGAGCAGUUGGCAUUUCGGACGCAGACAUUACUCAAAGAAGUAAGACAGGCUACCGAAGCUCUUGGCUCGUUGAAGACUCUUGCUACGGUGGGGCCGAGCUCGGAGACGGGAGGCGGUCCGGAUUCAGCCCAAGGAAAAGCACGAGGAGAUUGUCAGGUUGAUCUUGAGCAUCGAUUCAAGGAUCUCGCCGUCCGAUGUGCAAGGAAGAUAUAA